AUGAGCAAAGAAGAGUGCAUGGAAGCUAUUUCCAAACAUGCAAAUAUCCAACCAGUCAUCACUUCCACAGUGUGGAAGGAGCUAGAGAAAGAGAACAAGGACUUCUUUGAGGCUUAUACAAAUAGCAGAGAAGAGAGGGCAUCAGAAAUGGAGACAAGGCAAAAAAUCCAUAAGAUGCUAUUGGAUUCUUCCUCUUCGAAAGUUACUGAUGGUGACGAUGAUGACUAG